AUAUAGGUUUCGUAGCUUGUCCCAUUGGUUUUCUUCUCUACCAAAGUCUAGAAUUUGGUUUUUCGUGUGAUAUUUAUUUCUGUAGGCCGAGCUAAUUUUUUUCGUUUCUUGGAAGAUAUUCAUGGUUGGAUCAGUGACGAGAGUAAAUCUUUGAUCUUGGAGUGGAAAACUAAUCAGAAAAUUUUACUUCUCUUUUCCUGUUCCAUCUGGGAUUUUUCUGGAGGUAGAGUGAGUAUAAGAUUUCUCUUUGAUCAAUUCUGCAACGGGGCAGAAAGAUCUUGGUCUAAAUUCUAUUUUAAACUGAACCAAAAAUCUCCCCAAAUCUCGCUCCUGAGAUCUAAUCUUUAAAUCCGAAGUUGAGUUCCUUCAUGUACCCUUUCUUCCGGGUCUUUUUCCCCAAUUAUUUUACCGAAUUUGUUUGGUUUUCUUUUAAAUGAUUUUAUAUUGAUAACCCUAACCUUACCUCUGCGUCUCAUUCGAAUUCGGGCAAAAUUUGUUUUGUUGCUGUUAUAUACAUAUAUUAAUCUACCCAUCUCGUUAAUCACUCUCUCUCGCUCUCUCUCUCUCUCUCUCUCUCUCAUAAUCUAUCACUCUCUCCUUUGACUUUAAAAGGGAUGACAAAUAGCCACCAUCCAAAAGGAUUAAUCAAAUGCCAUCCUCCCACCACCACCACCUCCAGCUCCAUUUGUCUGCUGCUUGCAUAAACACGACAAAAGCCUUUUUUUUGCUUCCACUUUUGAGAGAUUCAAGGGCUCGGUAUCUGGGAUUGGAUUAGUUGCUCAUGUAUAUGUUGGUUUAAUGCCUGGUUACCACCUCUUGGAUCCUCUUUUGGCUGAUAUCUCUAGAAACUCUGAUCUUUCGUUCUGGAGGAAGCAGAAGAGGCAUGAAAUGUUGAGAUGUUGAAUCACCCCAUUCGUAUACUUCUGCAGAACAUGUGCUUCUGAUCAAUGUCAUGAGACACCAUGACAAUGAGUUUCAUUUGUUGAAGCCAGACAGUGAGGCUACUUGUGAAGUGACAGAUGAUCUUAAAGCAACUCUAUGUAAAAUUGAGCCUGAAGAUAUAGUCGACUCCAACUAGUUUCAUGGAUAAUGAAGCUUCAAUUAAUAGAAAUCAGUUCGAUCCCGAAUUUACAGAUGCUUUGCUUCGUAAUCCAGCAGGCAGUACUGGAUCAGUUGAAGAAGAAGAAAAAUUAUACCCAGAAAAAUCUGUUACAAAAGUUAAACCCAUUGAGAUAAUAAUUUUCUCCAAAGAUGACACAUGCUCAGUUGUGAAAGACAUGUGCAUAGAGGAAGGUUCAUCCUCUCUUGAGAAAGUUCUGUUAGAGAAUAAAGAGGUCAGUGAGAUGUCUUUUUCAAUGAUAAAUAUGAACAGUGAUGUGAAUGGACAAAUGACAGAUAAUGCUGCACCCGCCACACAAGAUUCAAAGUUCAUCUCAGCAGUUGAUAAGGUUGUUGAGGAACAAAACUAUUCUUGGAGCUUAUCUGUAGCUGGAGAGAAACCGAACACAGUUGACCAAGUUAAAAGUAAUAGUUCCGUUCUGAAGUUGAGUUCAGAAUUAUUGCUCUCAGCAGGAGAGUCCGAGACAGAUCACAAUCAUGUAGUUCCAACAAGUUUUGACUUCAGUAGUGAUCGGAGACACUGUAUUGAUGAAGCGAACAUUGAGCAGAAUAAAAUCGAAGACACAUGCUCCACAAUGACAACUUUGCCAUUUAGUGAUGUUGAGCCUGAUAAAAGCAAUGUGGUAAAAGAAAAUUCUACUAGUGAUAUGUCAAAGAUUAUGGGAGAUGGGUGCUCUAUUACCACACACAUGAUUUCUGAUGUAACAGUGUCCAACCACAGUGCAGCCGAGGGAAAUCCUGCUAAUAGUGAGAUGGAUGUUAGAGUCACUGAUCCUACAUUUGAAUCUGGUGCAGCAACAACUGUCAAGGAGAAUAGAAGAGGAGAUAGAGAUAGUCAAGAGUUCGUACAAGUUCAAAACCGUUCUGUCUCUGACAUGACAGUUCCUGAUGCUACAACAGCUCCAGCACAAAGUUUAUUAUAUCACAGUACUCAUGGGGAUCUAAACUUUUCUGGCCCAAAAGCAUCUUCAGGGCAUAUUGCAUACUCUGGCAACAUUUCUAUGCGAUCUGAUAGUAGCACCACCAGUACUCGCUCCUUUGCCUUCCCAAUUUUACAAACAGAGUGGAAUACUAGUCCAGUGAAAAUGGCCAAAGCAAGGAAGCCGCGACGAUGGAGGAUGAGUCUUAUUUGCUGUAAAUUUUGAAGAUAUAUCUAUUAGGCUCUUUCUUCGAGUUUGUUCCCUUAUACCUAACUGACACUUUAUACCUCAAUGUUCAAUCAAUCUUUACCUUUUUUUGUU